UUGAUGAAUCGAUACUUAUAUAAAUAAAACAGCAGUCUUCGAAUUUUCAGAGAAAGCAUCGAUUCUAAAUUACAAGAAGAAGAAGAAGAAGAAAGGGAUCAUGGAAAGCAUGGUGAUGAAGGUGCUGCUACUUGCAGCAGCAUUUUUUACCGUAUGCACAAAUUUUGCAGUGGGUUACGACGGCUAUGGAGGAAACACAGGUGGUGUUACAAAAGUGACCGGUCAAGUAUUGUGCCAGGAUUGCUCCAAGAGCUACAACGAAUGGGUUAACAAUGCCAUUCCUCUCAAAGGCGUUAAGGUAUCUUUGACAUGCAUGGAUAAUAGAAGAAGAGUGAUGUACUACAGAAGUGAUGAGACGAAUGAAGAAGGGCGAUUUGAGAUGAGCGUAGAUAAAUACGCUUACCAAAAUAAGGAGGUGAAGAGUGAACGGUGUAGGGUGAGAUUGGUGUCAUCGCCCCACCCCGGCUGCAACGUUUUCACAGACUUCAAUGGUGGAAAGUCCGGCGUCAAACUCCGGCGACCCUCCUCCGUUUAUAGAGACACUGUUGCAUACACAAUGCAACCCUUCUAUUUUACUUCUCCUAUGUGUGAAAAACCGGACGUUCAAGAACUCCAAGCAAACAAUUACUAG